AUGUAAUUAAUUGAAGAACUAUAGGAAAAAGAUAAUGAAAUCGUUUAUUAGAAUGUUUAUAAUUCAAACUUGUUUCGAAAAUUAACAACUCAAUAAAUCUAAAAGAUUCUUAAUCCUUACAAGUAAAAUGCAAAAGAAGUUUUAUAAGAGUUAUCUAAUUAAAUUGAUACCUUGGAAGAUGGAUUGAAAAAAUAUUAAAAUGAAAACACUAUGAUACCUCCAAGUAAAUAACAGAUUUUAGGUAUCCUCUAAUAAAACACUGCAUUUACUCCUACUGAAUCAAUUUAAUCAUUAUUAUCAGAAAAAACAAAACUAAAAACCAGUUAUCUUCAUGUUGACAAUUUGUAUAUGUAUUUAGUAAAAAAUACUAAUUAGAAAUCAGGAUGAGCAUAUUCCUUAAACUAAAUUAGAAAUUAUGCAAAUGGCUUUAUCUAAUAAAUCCAUACAAAAAUAAUAAAGGAAAACUAUUAAAUCAGAUGAUCUCUCAAAAAAGAGAAAAAUUAUCAUUCAAAUUUAAUAGAGGAUAAAUUAAGAUGAAAUUAUGAGAAAGAAAAGGGAAGAAGAAUAAAGACUUAGAUUAUUAGAAGUACAAUUUUUAUAGAAUUUAGAAAUAAGCAAGAGAGGUAGAUGUUGGGUAAUUAACCUUAAAUAUGAUUUCUGAUUUGAGAAAAAAAUAUUUUAAUGAGUUAGUUUCAACUGAUACUGAAGAAAAGUUUAAGAGGAUAAAAGAAAUUAAAGAAGUUUAUGUUCCAUAAUAGCUUAAUAAAGUUAAAGAAGGAUGUAUUUUAUUUACAAUAUGAGAAAGAUCAAAAAUAAUAGCAAGAAAAAUUAAAGCAUGAUUUAGUAUCAAAAAAAUCACAAUUUAAUUCGUAUUACUAAUUACUUGCUUUGGAGAGAACAAUGAAAAGAGUAGUGGCUCUUAAACUGAAACCAGAAAUUAAAUCAUAUUCUCGAUUUAAAGGUGCUGAAAUUCCUAAAAAUUAUGCUUCGAUUAAUAGUAUUGUGAAAGGAAUCAUUCAUACCUAAAAAAAUUCAGAAAAUAAAGCUUUAAUUUGA